AUGGAAGAUGAAGUAGCAGCAAACCUACAGCGCCUGCCUUAUACCCCCUACACCCCUGCAGGAGCUGGUCUCUCUGUGUGUCUCCCUCUUCCCCCUACCCCCCGCUGUAUAGGCAGGAGGGGGGCCCCCUCAUUAGUAAGGCGUGUUGAUUCGGAGGGGCCCCCUAGGGGAGGGGGGGCCCCCAAGGGGGGGGGCCCCAAAGGAGGGGGGGCUCCAAGAGGGGGCCCCCAGGAAGGGGGAGGCCACCAAGGGGGCCCCAUACCCAGGGCUCGUUCUGUACCAAGAGCUGUAUCUACAAUAAAGGAAUACACUAGAAGGAGUCUCUGUGACGCCUAUACACCCCGGGGCCCUACAGAGAGGUUAGGGGGCCCCUCCUAUAGUUCCUCUAUAGGGGGGCCCCCUUCUUUUAAUACUGGUUCAGGGGUGCCUGUGGGGACACGGCUACGACCGGGUGUACGUACAACCCAGCAGCAGCAGCAGCAACAGCAACAGCAACAGCAACAGCAAAUGGCGACCCGGAGGCUGUCUGCUAGCCCUGGAAGGGUAUGUGGAAGGGUAUCUCCGCGAAAGGGUGGGGCCCCUGGAGGGGCCCCUGGGGGCCCCCCUGGAGGGGCCCCCCCUGGUGGGUGCAGCGUUGCUGCCCUAACGGAGGCCCUACAAAGGAACCAAGAAGAGUUGCAGCAAUUAAAUCAAAGUUUACAAGAAUUAUCUCAUCAAGAUAACCCUAGUAAGGUAGGGGGCCCCCCUAGGGGCCCCCGUGCCUCUAGUGGGGGCCCCAGGUCUGAUGCUCCAGGCACCAGCAUAAAGAGGCCCUCCUCUGGGGGCCCCCCAUCUAAUUCGUCACCUGCAGCAGCAGCAGCAGCAGCAGCAGCAGCAGGCUCAGGCCGUACAAGAGUAUACAGCAAGGGCCCCCAGAUAGUUAGUACUGGGGGUAGGGUAUCGUCCCCUUCUCGUGGUGUAUACAGGGUGGCCCCCGCCAAUGGGUCCGUUCCAGGGGUGGGCCCCACCCAAAGGGGGGCCCCCCCUCCAAAGGGGGCCCCCUCUCCAAAGGGGGCCCCCCCUCCAAAGGGGGCCCCCGAGGAAAUAAGCGAAGGAGAACGAAUUCGUUUUAUGAUUGCCAUGGGGGAAGUAGAGAGACAAUUUGCAGAAAAAUUAGAGAAUUGUGUAUCUGUAUUACCACAACAAUUAAGAAAAAAGGUAGCAGAUGCGGGGCCCCUCGAAGAGAAGCUGCAGCAGUUGCAGGGGGCCCUCUUGCUGCUAACAAACAAACCCAUGGAUAGAGGACUGUCCCCUGCAGAGAGAGAAGGACUCCGUGCAUUAAAUGCCCAAAGAAAAAGAGAAGCAAAAUUACAGACAGCAUUAACAGACACAAGAGCAAAAUUAGAGGCAGCAAGACACGAAGUUGCUGCUCUUCGUCGUUUGCUGCUGCCGCUGCAGCACAGUGUUGCUGCAUAUGCUGCGCUGCAGCGCGCAGACACUGCAGCAGCAGCAGCUACACCUUAUUCCCCUUAUAGACCUGCUGUACCUGCUCUAGAAGACCCAGGGGGGCCCCCUCUGCAUUCAGGGGGGGGGCCCCCUCUACAUCAAGGGGGCCUCCCUCAUUAUCCAGAGGGGCCCCACCACAGGGGUAUUUCUAGAGAGGGGCCCCCGCCCUCAGAGGGUACACCCUAUUGUCUUUCUCCUAAGGGUCCUUCAGGGGCCCCCCGGGGGCCCCCCAAUAGCCAUCUCCACCGGAGAGAAGACCCUAUGGGGGCCCCUACAGAAGAAGACAUAAUGCAGAGGGUACAUCUCCAUACCUCUAGGGGGGCCCCCCAAGAGGUAAUGCAAGAUACAGAGGACUUCACCACCUCGGGGGGCCCCCCACACCCAUCUAAGGGGGGGCCCCCACACACACAGGGAGGGGGGCCCCCACAACCGUGGGAGAGGGGCCCCCAUGAGUAUGGGGGCCCCUCCUUUGGUGUUAAUGGGGCCCCUACAGGAGCAGCAAGUCAAGGAGAAGAUAAACAGCCUAAUGCAGCAUACCGCCACGGGAAAGAAAACAGCAGCAGCAGCAGCAGCAGCAGCAGCAGCAGCAGCAGCAAGCUGUCAUUAGAGGAGGCCUUCCCUAAGGAGAGAAGAUAUGAUAGUAUAGAAGAAAAAGGAAUAUUUAGGGCCCCCUCUGCAGCAGAUAGCAGCAGUCUCUUUACCUGGGACAAGGAAGACGAUGAUGUAAAGUGGGCAUCAGAUUUCUUAAAGAGACAGUACGAACAGUGCGGGUUGGACUUCGGAGACAUCCCGCCGAGGCCUGAUGACCUUGACAGUCUAUAA